AUGAGUACUUCCCUUUCACUGCAAGUUACCCUCACUCCACCCAUUAUUCCAGCCUUCUCCGAGCCACCGACAGUGCCUAUACAAGUAUCUGUGCAUAAUCCCUCCGACACGCCGAUCACAUUGCUCAACUGGGGUACCCCGCUGGACCCUAGCGCUAAUGUCCUGAGUAUCUUCGAGCUCCGUGAUACAACCGAAAAUCAGCCGGUGGUCCUGCCAACUGUCAAAAUAUCCCGUCGGCUGCCACCUUCAACCGAGGAUCUAGUAGAGAUCCCUGCGGGUAGUUCUGUUGAGAAGGAGGUUACACUGCCUCACGUUCCACUCAUUAUGGGACACGAAUAUUCCGUCCGGGUGAAGGGAAACUGGCAUUCGGUGUGGAAGAGUCCUCGUGAAGACGUUACUGCGGAAAGGCUGGAACAGCUCGGAGAUGCCCAACGGGGCGAGUUCUCAUCUGACGUUGUUCCCCUACGCAUUGAAUAA